GACACCGUACAUUCGCGGAAGUUUUGACAGCAGUUGUGCCUGUAUACUGUAGUGUUUCCAUGGCACUUUUACUCCACAUGAAUGUAACUGUUAUCGGCUUCAAGAAGACACAGUAACUUGACGUUUUUUUUCCUUUUUGUUUCAAGACUUUGAACAUGGAGGACGAAUGGGAGGAGGAGGAGCAGCUGGUUGUGGUGGAGCUCUCCGGCAUCAUCAGCAACGACUUUCUGUCCAAGUGCGGUGAUUCAUGCAAAAUACUGGAUAUCGACAGCGAGAAACCCAUGAUGCAAGUUGGACAGUAUGUAUUUGCAGGGGAGUAUGAAGAUGCUGUGGGAACAUCUGUGCUGUUUGAGGAAGGACCUCUGAAUGAGGAGACAGACAGUCCAGAGCUCAAAUAUAUGUGCCACACUGUGAAGAAACUGAUGAUGCAGCGCAUCUUCCUCACUGAGAAGAAAGAGGGUGAAACCAGUACAGGAAACGACAACAGCGCAGAGGAGAAAGACACAACCUCUCAACCCGAUUACGACUCAGAGGACGCUCAAGAACCGGAAGAGGCAGAAGCACAGAUGACACAAACAGACCCUGAAGACGCAGAAGUUGGUUGAUGGUGUCAUCACUAACGUAGUGUCGUCUGACUUGUCUGUAAAGGCGCGACUUGUGAGGUUGUCAGGGACUCACAACCUCACCAGCUCAUCACUAGUUUCUGUAACAGACUGUUCCAAGAAAGCUGCCGCAUUUGGACUGGAAGUGUUAAAUUGUCCAGCAAAAUGAGUAAACCUCCUCUCCAGAAGAAAGAACCAGAGAAUAUUUAAUAUACAACAGACACUUGGCGAAAUUACACCUGUUGCAAAGUCAUGCCUCUGUCAUUUAGCGUUUGAACCCAAUUCUUUCAGAUCCACAAUAGGUCCAGACAGAGGAAGGCAGUAGCAGAGGUAUGGUGGAAGCCCUCAAGGGAGCACCAGCCCCUGGGAGUCCUGUCAGGUUGUUUUGUCACAGUACCAGCUCCAUGUCAUAUUCCUACUGUUCAGUCAUUCAUAAAUAUCAACCAGGAAGAAAACUGCCUUGGUUUAAGAGUAAAGAUGUGUUCAUGGUGAAUUAAAUCAUCCAUACUUUCAAAAAACUGAGGUGGACGGUUCACCAAACUGAAGCAAUUGACUCUUGAAAAAGGUGUAAACCCAUAUUUUUUCUUGGGUUAUUUAUAGUAAAAUAGUGUUAAUAGUCAUUUUGUGUGUUUUAUGCAGAUGAUUUAGCUGAGCAAAAUAAAGGCAUUUCAAUUUGUAAA